UUCGUUAUAAUUACCGGACUUGUAUCAGAACCGAAUCCACAGGAGGGAGGAUGAAGCGGCGCAAUGCGGACUGCAGCAAGCUCCGACGCCCGUUAAAACGGAACCGAAUCACCGAGGGUAUAUAUAGCAGUACGUUCCUGUACCUGAAGUUUCUGGUGGUGUGGGUGCUGGUGCUGCUGGCAGACUUUGUGCUGGAGUUCAGGUUUGAGUACCUGUGGCCCUUCUGGCUCUUCAUACGCAGUGUAUAUGACUCGUUCAGAUACCAGGGGCUGGCGUUCUCAGUGUUCUUUGUGUGUGUGGCAUUUACGUCUGACAUCAUCUGCCUCCUCUUUAUCCCGGUCCAAUGGCUGUUCUUCGCUGCCAGCACCUACGUCUGGGUCCAGUACGUCUGGCACACAGAGAGAGGAGUGUGCCUACCCACCGUAUCGCUAUGGAUACUGUUUGUUUACAUGGAAGCUGCCAUCCGCUUCAAGGACCUGAAGAACUUCCACGUGGACCUGUGUCGGCCCUUCGCUGCUCACUGUAUUGGCUACCCCGUGGUGACUCUGGGCUUUGGCUUUAAGAGCUACGUCAGCUACAGGAUGAGACUGAGGAAACAGAAGGAGGUGCAGAAGGAGAAUGAGUUCUACAUGCAGCUCCUACAGCAGGCUCUGCCCCCAGAGCAACAGAUGCUACAGAGACAGGAGAGAGAGGCAGAGGAGGCGGCCAUGGCUAAAGGCGUGUCAUCAGAGGUGGACCUAGCACCUCCGGUCUCCCAAAAUGGGGCUACUCCCGGCAAGAAGAGCCCCGUUAACUCUUCUGUCCCCUUACCGGAACUGGAGUACCGGGAGAAAGGGAGAGACGGCAACAGCAAGGAACGGGAGGGCAAACAACAACAACAACAACACACAAUAGGAAUCAACAACAACAGUAUCCUCCACACACUGGACUCCACAUUACAGGAGACGGAGUAUAUGGAGAACAUGGGGGGGAAGAGACUGAAUAACGACCUCGGAGGAGGAGAGAGCACACACACUCCCAAAGAGGAGGUGGGGGGAACAGGAGGAGGAGGAGGAGGAGGAGGAGGAGGAGGGAAGAACUACAAAAACGCCAGCGGAGUCGGUGGGGCCACCAACUCCUCACCUCGGAAUCACAGCUCCACCAAUGGGAGCGUGCCGUCGUCUGGCUCGUCCAAUAGGAACGAGAAGAAGCAGAAGUCGGCGGGGAAAGGAGCAGCCAAUCAGAAGGAUCCCGUGGAGAACUGCAUUCCCAACAAUCAACUGGGAAAGCCGGACGCUCUUGUGCGGUUGGAGCAGGAUGUGAAACGGCUGAAGGCGGACCUGCAGGCGAGCCGUCAGUUAGAGUCAGAUUUACGUUCUCACCUCUCCUCCCUGACUAGCCAGGACAGGAGUCUGCGCUCAGAGCUGGGCCAGCUGCGACAAGACAACGAGAUGCUGCAGAACAAGCUCUACAGUGCUGUCCAGGCCAAGCAGAAGGACAAGCAGACCAUCUCCCAGCUAGAGAAGAGGCUGAAGGCAGAGCAGGAGGCGCGGGCGCUGGCGGAGAAACAGCUGGCUGACGAGAGGAAGAGGAAGAAGGUGGAGGAAGCCACCGCAGCCCGGGCUGUAGCUCUAGCCGCAGCCUCCAGGGGUGAGUGUACUGACUCCCUGCGUGGGCGGAUCAGAGAGUUGGAGACGGAGUGUAAGAAACUCAGCAUCGACAUGAAACUCAAAGAAGAGCACAUUAGAGAGCUGGAGGGGAAAUGCCAGGAGCUGCGUAAGUACAAGGAGAAUGAGAAGGACAUGGAGGUGUUGAUGUCUGCGCUGUCGGCCAUGCAGGAUAAAACCCAGCACCUGGAGAACAGUCUGUCUGCUGAGACCAGGAUCAAACUAGACCUCUUCUCUGCCCUGGGAGAUGCCAAGAGACAGCUGGAGAUCGCACAAGGUCAGAUCCACCAGAGAGACCAGGAGAUAGCAGAGUUGAAGCGGAAGAUAGCGGAAGUGAUGGCGGUGAUGCCCAGUAUCUCCUACAGCAACGACAGCAGCAGCCUGAGUCCCGUUACGCCACACUACUCCUCCAAGUUCAUGGACAAUAGUCCCUCUUCCCUGGAUCCCAACGCUUCUGUUUACCAGCCACUCAAAAAGUGACAAUGACACACACAUUAAUACACACUAACACACACACACACACACACACACACACACACACACACACACACACACACACACACACACACUUACAAGAA